UAAAAACAAACAACAGAGAUCAUCAACCCGGAAAAAAAAAAUUUAAACAAAAGAAAAUCAUCACUUAUGAGCUCUAUUUUGAACUCUUCUUCGUUUCCUCUCCGCGUACAAAAUCUCCCUCGAAAGCCCUAAUUCUUUUAAUUCUUCAUUUGAAUCUGAGAGUAAGAGAUGAGGAGAUUUAAGCUUUUGAAGGCCUUGAUUCUGUUAAUGCUUCUGGAUUUGUGUGCCUCGAUCGAUGAUGAAGGGAGAGCUUUAUUAAGGUUUAGGGAGAGAGUAGAGCUAGAUCCAUAUGGAGCUUUGUUGAAUUGGGAUCGAGAAGCCCAAGAUCCCUGCUUUUGGUUUGGAGUUGAGUGCCUCAAUGAAAAAGUCGUUUCCUUGAAUUUGGGAGGUCUUCAUCUUAAAGGGAAGCUUACGCCGGAGCUUGGGAAGCUGAUACAUAUGAAGUCCCUCAUUUUACGGAACAAUUCUUUCUCUGGGGUAAUCCCUAGGGAGUUAGAGGAAUUGCGUAAGUUGGAGGUAUUGGACCUUGGACACAAUAAUCUUAGUGGGCCAGUUCCACCAGACCUUGGCAACAUUUUGUGCUUGAAAAUCCUUGUACUCAGGGGCAACAGCUUUAUAAGUAACAUACCCCAAGAACUGAAAAAUCUAAAUGUGUUUUCUGAGCUACAGAUGCAUGAAGAACUACUGUGCUCAGCACGUAGAUGUGGUGCAAGAGAUGUUGGCUCUAGAACUAACCGGAGGCUUCUCCAAGUAGGUGGUGAGGAUAGAGUUUGGCAUCACAAAAAUGUAAAUAAUAAUAUAAAGCCUCAGGCAUCAACAGCAACAGCAGUAUCUCCAUCUCCUAUGAUGACAUUGGACACUGAAUUCGCCCCAUCAUUCUCACCUUCAUUAUCUCCAUUCCAUCCACCAGCAGUUUCACCAUCUUCUAUGGAAUUUUCUCCCUUAUCAUCACCAUCCCCAAGCAUUGAUUUUCCAACUCCCGUGCCCUCACUUUCACCAGCAAUAGAACCUCCAUCUCCUGUUGCGGAGCCUAAGUUACAUACUAAGCCACCCUCCUCAUUUGCAUCAACCCCCACCUCUCAUUCGAAUCCUCCAUCAGUAUCGCUAGCAACUGAAGAGAAGAGUACAGCAGCUUGGAAAAUCUAUGUGCCAGUAGUAGCAGGAGUGUCUAUUCUAGUGACUUUGAGUGUAGUGUGCUUUCUCUGCUGUCGAGCCAACAGAGUUGUCACCGUGAGACCUUGGGCAACAGGCUUAAGUGGGCAACUCCAGAAAGCAUUUGUAACGGGUGUGCCCUCUCUUAAACGGUCAGAAUUGGAAGCAGCUUGUGAAGAUUUCAGUAAUAUUAUUGGCUCUCUAUCAGACUGUAUGCUGUACAAGGGAACUCUAUCAAGUGGAGUUGAAAUAGCAGUUGUCUCUACUGUGGUUACUUCUGCAAAGAAUUGGUCAAAACAGUCUGAAUCUCAGUUCAGGAAGAAGAUAUCAGAGUUGUCGAAAGUGAACCAUAAGAAUUUCGUCAACCUUUUAGGCUACUGUGCAGAACAAGAACCAUUCACGAGAAUGCUGGUGUUUGAGUAUGCUCCAAAUGGGAGUCUUUUUGAGCAUUUGCACGUUAAAGAAGCAGAGGACUUGGACUGGGCAGCACGCCUUCGAAUAGCCAUGGGAAUAGCAUAUUGUUUGGAUUACAUGCACCAGCUAAACCCCCCUGUUAUUCUAAAAACACUCAACUCUUCAACUAUUUAUCUCACAGAUGAUUAUGCAUCUAAGGUUGGAGAUAUUGGAUUAUGGAAUGAAACCAAAGAAACUGAAUCACCAUCAAUAGAUGACUCCUUGCUCAGCAGAGAGAGCAUUGUGUACAAGUUUGGAAUAUUGAUGCUAGAGAUACUAUCAGGUAGGGUUCCAUUCUCCUCAGAGAAUGACUUGCAAGAACCCUGGUUUUCUUGUUACUUAAAUGGGGAUGCAUCUGUCAAAGAUUUGAUAGACCCUGCCAUUGGAUCUUAUAGAGAAGAGGAUGUCACGGCAUUAUUCGAUGUGAUAAGAUCCUGUAUAAAUCCAGACCCUGAUUGUAGACCAGCAAUGGCAGAAGUUGCUGCCAAGCUGAAGGUGAUCACCUCAAUGUCACCGGACGGAGCAACUCCGAAAGUGUCGCCGUUAUGGUGGGCUGAGAUCGAGAUUCUUUCUUCAGAGGCUAACUAGAUAUGAACUGAAUUGUGUGCUUGUGUGCAGAGAACUCCUCUUUUUUUUUUUCCUUUUUUUCCUUUUCAUUUGCUUUUUUUCCUUUUUUUUCUUCUUUUUUGCUUGUAUUGUUGUUUUUUUUUAAAGUUAGAUUCAAAGGUCAUCUCUCUGAUGAAAGAAGAAAAGUUGUACAGUUGUGGGUGCUAUUUUCGCUGUACUGUGUUAAGUUUGCAGAAGCUUGUGGUUUGCAGAUGUUUGUGAAGAGUGCCAUGGAUGCAGAGUGUACUAUAAUGCUGAAUGAAUAAAGGGACGUAAAUUUCCAAUUA